CGCCAACAUAUUUCAAAAAUAUUGCAACGUUUUUAAAAAACAAACAUCUUUUAAAUCGUAAAUAUAAAUUUAAUUAUAAUAAAAAAAAAAUCAUACAAAACACGAAUAAACGAAUCUAAUUUAAAAUAUUGUAAAUGUGCAGCGGCUAAGUCUAAAAAAGAACGGCGUUUAUAAAAAGCCGACUUUGAGUCACACAACAACAGUCAGCUGUCAAUUGGUGAUUGCGAUUCGCACAAACAAAAUUUUUUUGUUGUAUUUUGCGAAUAAUAAUGUAAAAAAAUAUAAAAUAAAAACAAUGAAUAAAAUAAACAAUAAAUGUCGAACCUGUUUCAAUGAAUCCAGCAAAGGACUACAAUCUCUUACAAAAAAGACUACAGACGAGAGUAAUCAACAAAAAUCCUAUGCAGAACUCCUAAAUGAGGUGGCCAAUAUUAAUGUACUGCAUGACAAAUGUUCAAAAUUACCACAGGCCAUUUGUGGCUGCUGUUCACGGAAAUUGAAAGCAGCCCAUGCAUUCGUCCAGCAGGCACAGGAAGUUAAUGAAAAACUUUACUCAAUGGCAUUAUUAAAACCGCCUGACGGUGUUAGUAAACCAUUAGAUUGUCUGCAAGAGGUUCAAAUCGAUAUAGAGACCUGUGCGGAUAUUAAAAUGGAGCAUGAUGAUGUGUGUGAUAAUAGUGGGGUGGGUGCUGAUGUUAUGGCUGAGCCAGAGUUCCUAAAAAAAGGUUUACAAUUGAAGCAGGAAGAUAAGGAAGAGGACGCUUUAGCUGUAAAUUAUACCAAGAGUGAAGAAAAUUCGGAAGCAGGCAACGACCUUAAAGAUUUUUUAGAUGUUACAUUCCCCAACGUUUCCAUUACAACAGACGUGUCUGAUACCGAAGACAAUAUUCCAAAUAUUUUAGAACAAACUAUGAAUAUGUCCGAUAACAAUAGCAAUAAUGAAGUAUCCUGUGCUUCAGCAUCUGAUGACGAUGAUUGGCAAAAUGAAACUAAUGAUACGAGUAAAAAAUCACUAAAAAAGAAAGCAACACCUUUAAAAAAGUGUAAAAAAUCACCUAAAGCCCAGGAAAAUAAAGAAAAGAAAAAUAACGCCGAUAAUGAGGAUGAGUGGUUGCAGGUGAAAUGUAAUGAUUGUGAUAAAAUAUUUGACAAUUCACGAUUAUUAAAUCGUCACCUGCGUCUAAAUCAUGUGCCAGAUGAAUUGAAAAUACAAUGUCUGCACUGUGAGGCAAAGUUUAGUCGUCGCCAUAAUAUGUACGCUCAUAUGCGUCGCAUCCAUAAGACAGAAAAUUUAGAAGAGUUCCAAAUACAACCGAAAAAAACAAAUGCCGAUAAGCAGUAUGCCUGUCAACAAUGUCCACGUUCAUAUACCAACAAAUACAAGUUAAUAGCUCAUGUAAAUAGUCAUCAUAAUCCGGACAACAAAAACACUGCCCCCAAAGAGAAGGUACUGCAGCCGAAAAAACGUUUUUUGUGCACUCUCUGUGGUCUAAAGUUCGAUAGCGAGGGCAACUUGAAUAUACACUUUAGGCGGCAUACUGGCGAGAAACCUUAUAAGUGUGAGUUUUGUGAUCGAGCCUAUCCUAGACUAUACGAUGUUCAGGUACAUCGACGUACGCAUACGGGCGAAAAGCCCUACCAAUGUACUCUUUGUGAAAAGACCUUUAGACGGUCGAACAAACUGAAGAUACACAUGCGAACACAUACCAACGAACGUCCCUACAAGUGUACACAGUGCGAAAAGGCUUUUAAACAGUCGAAAGAUUUGAAUAUACACAAACGUACGCAUACCGGCGAAAGGCCCUAUAAAUGUGGUGUAUGUCAGAGUACAUUCACACAGAGCAAUUCGUUGCGUUUACAUCAAAUCAAACAACAACAUUUGGAGAAAACAAAUCCAGUGGAAGAUUUGUCGGGAGGAAUGACAUUUAUAUGUCAGCCAACAUAAAGUAUUAUAAAUGUAACAAAGAAUAAGUUAAAUAAAUUGUUGUCAUAAAUUCACGGA